CAGCAAACCUGUAAUUGAGCGUUGAGCACCAACGCGUGCGCACAUCUCUUCUCACACAACUAUUUUUUCAACAAUAGAGCGGACAAUUAUUCUCCCUUUUCCGCUUUUCCGUUUCUAUGCGUCAACGUCUCUUUUGACAACAAUCUAGAACCAUGAAUAUCGCCAGUAGAAAAUUACGAAUUUUAUGUCUCCAUGGCAUGGCUCAGAACUCCAUUCUGUUUGAGAAAAAGACUGCAGGGUUUCUCCAAGAUUUAAAGGAUCGUGCUGAAUUUGUCUAUGUGCGUGGACCUCACAGGGUGCUUGAUCCUGAACUCGUAUCCCUUGUAGAAAGAGCUACAGUCGUAGGCGAACAAGUUUCGGAAGAAAUGCGGCCUUUUGCAUGGUGGUUCCUUCCUCGGUCCAAACCCCUUACCGAAGAAGGAUUCUUUUAUGGAUUCAAAGAGAGCGUUGAACACAUCAAGCAGGUUCUUUUAGAAAAGGGACCAUUCGACGGAAUCAUCGGUUUCUCACAAGGCGCAUGUUUUACCGGGUGCUUAGCACACAUGCUGGACAAGCGAGACUUCUUGAUCCCGGCGGACUUUCCGCAUCCUCCAUUACAGUUCGUGGUGAUGGUGGGCGGAUUCAUUCUUACAGUGCAGCCAGCAACUGAGUCGAAAUUGUUCUCAGCAUCUGCCACGCGGAAGGUUGAAACGCCGAGCAUGCAUAUUAUCGGAGAGCUUGACACAAUCAUCCUGCCGGAGCGUAGUGAUGCCCUGGCUGAUGCAUUCAAGAAUCCGUUCAUAUUUCGUCAUGCAGGAGGACACUUUGUCCCCAAGACAACCGCUGCCAGACAGAGUCUCAACAAGUUCCUAGCAACAGCCAUUCCCGAGGAUCGCUCGCAGGCGCAUAUAUAGACUAGAGUCGAUCUACACUAGUAGAAUAACCCUAAUUUAAUACACACUCUUUCUCAAACAUGAGUGAUCGAGGAAAAGCCAUCAGCCAAUCAGAACUUCGAUGGCUUAUAAAAAAUAAAAAUUCUUCUUUCA